UGCUUGACCUGUGUUUGACCCCUGUGUCCGAGCCCUGCCUGACCUCUGUUUGACCCUUGUGUGACCCCUGCUUCAGCAGUUUGGGGUCCUGUGUUUGAGCUGUUCUUGACCCAUCUGACCACUGCUUGACCCCUGUCUGACCUGUGUCCCUGUGCCUAACCUCUUUCUGACCUGCCUGACCCCUGUGCCUAACCCCUGUCUGUCCUGUGCCUUACCCCUGUCUGAUUCGUGUGUGUGUGUCCCACAGUGGUCCCCAUGGAUCUGCCUGCUGCUAACUCCUCCGUGCUGCUGGUCCUCCACCGGCCGCUGAAUGGCUCCUCUGUCCCGCUGACGAUGCUGGACAGCUGUGCAGAGAUGCCAGCCGCGCUCAUCUUCUACCUGGUGCUGCAGUUCAUCAACAUGUUCCUGGGAGUCCCGGCGAACCUGAUGGUGCUGUGGCUGAUCCGGCGGAACCGGCGGGACUCCUCCAGCUCCGACAUCUUCAUGGUGCAGCUGGCGGUUCUGGAUGCCGGCUUCUGUCUGAUCCCGCCACUGGAGCUGGUCAACAUCGUGUACCGAAGCUCCAGCCACAUGUGGUUCGUGCUGCGCUUCUUCUAUGGUGUGAAGGAUGCAUCUCCGCUGUUCCUGUCCUGCAUCUGCCUGGACCGAUACGCUGCCGUGUUGCACCCGGUGACCUUCAGUGCGCUGCAGGACCGCCGCCACCGCUCCGUGUGCGCCGCCGCCGUCUGGGUCGUCACACUGCUCUAUGCUGCCGCCAAGUGUGCCGGAAACAUCCCCAACUUCGAGAAGGUGUUCACAGUGAUGAUCCUGGUGGCGUUCGCCUUCAUGCUGUUCUGCAACGGCUCCAUCUUGUGGGCCCUGCGGCGUUCUGCCCCGGGCAGAGACCAUCGGCACCCGGUCAAAAAGAAGGCCUUCCGCACUGUGCUGCUGAUCCUGGCCAUCACCGUCUUCAACUACUUCCCUCCAGUGGCACUGUUCCCCUUCCAGGAGUACUUCCCCCCACUGGUCUUCCACUGCUGCGUGCACUAUAUCGCUUUCGGCUUCAUGGACAUCAGCAGCAGCAUCCAGCCGGCGCUGUACCUGUGGAGGGAGCCCAGAGCCCCACCCUGCUGGAGGAGACGCAGCCGCCCAGAGGAGCCACUAAGCACCGUCAGCCGGAGCCUAGACCUGCACUGAACAGAUGCUGUGAUGGAGGAACUGACACUGAUCUACACACAGACAUCCCAUAAUCACAGCAUUAAUAAUGAAGACUCCAGCAUCU